AGGCGGUGACGGCAGCGUCGAAAUGCGUAACCUCGUAAACAAGGAUUUGAAGAGCAGACGCGGAGACAGAACAGUGAACAGCUGAUCGAGGAGCCGUCCGUGUGCUUGAAGUUGUGGACCUGUUCGUGUACUAGACCUGUCGGUAGGGACGGUAACCUACCACUGUCAUGGAGCCGCGGCAACAGGAGCUGUACUCUAGUGUACUGAGUCCUGAGGCUGGGGAAUGGGGUAAGACCUCAAUCUCCGAUGAAUGGGUUAUGCCAAGCAAUUUUUCACUCCAUCUCUACAAUGAAGAAGGGGGACAUUUCAGAACAGGCCUUUUGGAGACCGAGCCUUUGCAGGAGGUGGACGAGGACAUGGUGUCUGAGGUGGACCUCAACAGCAGUGUUACCGAUGAGGAGAGAGAGGAGAUGAACAAUGAGCUAGUCAAGCUGGAGGAGGAGAUUUCCACCCUGAGGCAGGUCCUGGACUCCAAGGAGAAGCGCCACUUGGAGCUGAAGCUGAAGCUAGGCAUCACACCCCUGAGCGAGUUGCGCCAGAACUUCAACCGCAGCUGGACCGACAUGCAGUCCUCCACCGUGGACAUGGAUGACAUUUACAAGAAGACCUCUGAAACACUGACCACAGCUGGACAGAAGACCUCCGCAGCGUUUACCAACCUGGGCUCUUCCAUCAGUAGGAGGUUUGGAGACAUGAGAUCACAAUCCAUAGGCUCCUCUAUUCGCCACUCAAUGAGUAUGCCUGCAAUGAGGAAUUCGCAGAGUUUCAGGUCUUUCGAGGAGAAGAUGGAGAGUACCGUUACCACCAUCAAGACCAAGGUGGGUACCGGAGCUGGUGGUGGAGGGGGUAACUUUGAGGAGGUCCUGUCCUCCGCCGCGAAUGCCAGUUCCCAGGACACACCCACCAACAACCUGACCGAGAGCACUGAGCGCCCCUGCUAGAGGGACACCACCACCACCCCACCCUCCCCCUCAGACCAGACGGCACUCUGCCGCCCCCUUCUGGCUAGGAGGUGACACUGCAGUCCAGGGGCAGAAACCACUACAGGAGGGCCCCCAAGGCCUCAAACGCAAACACACAGUAUAAUGUUACCUGCCAACCUCGCCUAUUUAGAUGAUACACGCCAGAGAGAGAUUGUAUUGCUGUAAGUGGCUAGUAUCCUCCACUGUUAAUGGACAACUCUGAAUGCUUUUUCUAUCCAAAAUAAGUUGAUCCAAUAAAAGCAAAUUUGUACUAAUUUGUUAAAUUUGAUUCAAACUACGUUUUUACAAGAUAUUUUCACGAGAUGAAGGCUUAUUUGCUGACUUCCUUUAGCAGAACCUCGUCAGAUACUUUGAAGCAAGGAAACGUGGCAUAAAACGUUUCAUAUGUAUUACUAAUACUUGAAAUGGCAUGCACAAUAACCAUGCACUGCACUACAAGUUGAGGACCAAGACGAGACUGUACUUGAAUAACAAGCAAUUUGUCAACCAUGAAAUCACAUUGUUUCAUCCCUGUGCAUCAGACUGCACCCAAGCCCUCACCUCGACACCCAUCUGAUGCUGUACGCACCACAAAAGCACACGGUCCAAAUUCAGUUAGCAUUCUUCAGCUUUGCAGCCGUUACAAAGUGCCCUGGGUUUUCCAUUAUUGUAAAAUGUGACUAAAAUAAGUGGACAGAAACUGGGUUGUUACAUCCCUUUACUUAACUCAGUGUGUGAGCGUGUGUAUGUGUGUGUGUGUGUUUACUGGUUUGAGUGAAUGCUUAUGUCUAUGUAUUGACCUGAGUGUUUUCUGCUGUGUUCUGAAGCAAUUCUGAAGUUUGCGAAAUAUACAGUACUUUAACCGUUACAGCGAAGGAGAGCAAGGUUGUUUGUUUUUUUUGUAAUCUAAAAUAUGUCCCUGCUAAUGUUUGUCAAGUUUUGGACCUCAUAUACUCUGGUCCAAAAGACUUGUGUUAUGAUUAAAGAAAUAAUAAUGCAACUAA